GAGCUGUGCAGAGAAGCCAUGGUGCAAAGAUUGUCCCCAGCCUCAGCCUGUCCCCAGGAGGAGAUGGAGAGCAAAAAUUUGUGUCACCCUGACUGGGACCAGUUCCUCCCUCCUGCUCCCCUGCCUCUCCCACCUCAGCCCCCACUCCCUGCCUUGGUUCCUCCUUGCUCGUGAGCUGUUUGUGAGUGCAUGACCCUGGGUGUAAGUGCUGAGCUCAGUAAGCAAAGUGACUCGCUGCGCUCUCUGGGUCCAUGUGACUGCAGUUUCCGUUAGCUCCUUCCGCAAAAGCUAUAUUAGUGCUAAGCAAGAAAACGGGCGAAAGAGAAAACCAGCGGGCUGCAGCUAACCUUAGCCCGAAGAAGUCGCUGAGCCCUAGCUGGAGUGGGCCACUAGCUGCAAGAUGAGUUGCUGCGAACCCUGUGCACUGCCCCAAGCGGAGUGCUGUUGUUGAGAUGGAGGCACCAUUCCCAGGUCUCUCCCUGGUUCUUGUCCUUCUAGCAGCAGGAUGGGGGAAUUGGGCUGGCGCAGCCUGGGCAACAUCUCCUGGGGGCUGCAGACUAGUGCAGAGCACUGCCACCUGCAAUGGAAGAUGGUUGAAUUCAGUCCCAAGAAAUCUGCAAGAUGAUAUAGAGGAGUUGCUGCUUGAUGACAACACUAUACAGGUCCUAGGGAAUGCCUCUGUGCUUGCAUACCAAAAGUUGAGGCAUCUCAGCUUGUCAAAGAAUCGUCUGGAGCUCAUCGAACCUGGUGCAUUCCUGGGCAGUCAAGUCCUCCGCGUGCUCUCCUUGGCAGACAACCUCCUCUUCACAAACUACUCGGUGACAGCAGCUGCUCUUUCUGCUUUACCAACUCUGAGGAAACUGGAUCUAGCUGGAAACCACCUCACUGAGGACAUGGUAUCGGUUUUGCUCUGGAACCUGUCCUCCUUGGAGUCCUUGUCUGUGGCCAGGAACAUCAUCAUGAGGCUGGACUCAUCCGUCUUCACAAACUUGACUCAGCUGCUGGAGCUGAACCUGGAGAAGAAUUACAUCUUUGAGAUUGACCAAGCUUUUGAAGGGCUGCAGAGUCUGCAGAGGCUCAACAUGGCUUAUAACUACAUCCCAUGCAUAGCCGAGUUUGACCUGACCCAGAUCAGAGUGCUCAAUGUCAGCAACAAUGUCAUUGAGUGGUUUCUGGCUCUUGAAAGUGAUGCCCUCUUUGAGCUAGAGGUGCUGGACCUGUCCCACAACCAGCUCCUGUUCUUCCCUGUGCUGCCUCGGCAAAGCAAGCUGCACUCCUUGCUGCUGAAGGACAAUGAGAUGAGCUUUUACCAGCAUCUCCCCAAUGCCACAUCCCUGGCAGAUGUCACUGUGCAGUUCCUGCUCAUUGAUGGCAAUUCCACCAACGUCACUACAGUCAGCCUCUGGGAUGAGAUCUGCCAUAGCAAUCUCUCCUCCUUACACCUCCUGGACAUGAGCCAGAACCAGUUCUGGUACCUGCCGGAGGAGUUCCUGGCAAAAAUGCCUUCCCUGACCCACCUGAAGCUGAACCAGAACUGUUUGGAGACAUUUCACCUGUCAGAGGGGGAUCCCUUAGCAAUGCUGACAGACCUGGACCUAAGCCAGAAUCAGCUCUCGGAGCUGCGGGUGGACCUGCCUGCCAGAGACAUGCUGCCCAGCCUGCAGCUAUUCAACUUGAGCACCAACAGGCUGCAGGUGCUUCCUGCUAGAUUUUUCACCUACACCAGGAAGAUCACUACAAUUGACCUUAGUCACAACCGGGUAGACCUGUGUCCCCAGCAAGUUGUCGCAGGCAAGGUGGAGAAUCCCCCCUGUGUAGACAUCAGAGGUAUCACAACCUUAACUCGUCUCUCCUUGGCCAACUGUGGCCUGCAAGAGCUGGGCAGCCACCCCUUCCAGGGCACACCGCUAACACAUUUGGACCUCUCUGACAACCAGAAGGCACUGUCUGCGGGCCUGGGAUGGCUGCAAGAUCUUGCUUUAACCUUGCAGGUUUUGUCUCUGAGAAACACCAGCCUCUCUUCCACUGUGGUGGACAUUGACUUCUCUGGUUUUCAGAGCCUGCUGUGCUUGGACCUGUCGAGAAACUCCCUGACCAUCUUCCCUGCAUCUUUGAGCAUCCUCAAAUUGCAUACACUUGACCUCAGGGAUAACUGUCUCCCAGCUCUUCCACAGGAUGUGAUAUGGACACCCCUGGGGAAGAGUUUACAUGAGGUCUACCUCAGUCGAAAUCCCUACAACUGCUGCAUGCUGGGAUGGUGGGAUUCCCUGCAGCAAGUUGAGAGGGUGCGCAUCCGCGAUGGGCAGGAGGUAACCUGCAGCUAUGCCUCCAGGACAGUGAGUGCCAGGGCCUUGCCGGAGCCCAUCCUCCAGGGCUGCCGGUGGAGGACAGCUGACCUGGCUCUCCUAUACCUGGUGCUUGCUCUGCCAACUUGCUUGACUCUCCUGGUCGCCUUUGCUAUCAUUUUCCUCACGCUCAAGCAAAAGCUGCUUAAAAUGGUGAAAAGUCGAUGCGGGGUGUCCAGCCCUUAUUGAUGGGUAUGGAGAAGGAGGAAGGGCUGGUGGCACUCAGGAAUGGUAAAUCUUUGCUGGCCAUCAGAGCGGCUGAGACCUCAGCUGAAAGAUGGAGCAGCCAAGAAAUGUCUCCUUGCUGAUUUUCAGCUUCCUCUAGGGUGUGUUCUGCUGCUUUGGGCGGGACAAGGACUUACCACUCAGCUCCCUUGUGGGUCUGGAGAGGAAGCAGCCAGUGACAAUAAUCCCAGGAGGGUUGUUUUUUUUUAAGACACUGUGAAUAUGAGAGAAAUUUGGAGGGAGAGAGAGGAUCAUAGGAAGGAAGGGCUAAAGGAAAACAAGGGGAAUUAUAGAUGUUAAACUCCCACAAGGUGAGUGAGAAGGAGACUUGCUGGGCUCAAGGGCCAGGGGAUGGCCUGGGGUGCUGGGAGGAUUACUAUUCCUACUUACAAGGAUGUUUCACGGGGCUAAGGAUUUUGGGGCCAAGUCUUGUGAUAGAGCCUGGGGGCAUGCUAGAAACACCCCCCGUGUUCUGGGGGAUCCUUGAGGGAUGUGUCUUCUGCGGAAACGUUUGGAUGAUGUUGGCCAGAGCUGAAUGGAUGCGGUGCCAAAUCCUUCUCAGGCAAAGGGGUUAUGACAGUUGCUCCCUAGCCCUGUUUCCCCACAUCAGUCAGUUCCUUUUAUUUAUUUAUCCCAGUAGCAUGCAAAAUCUGGCUCUCAGAAGUGCAAACUGUCCCACAGUGCUGUAAUCAGCCAGUCUCUGGCUGCCUGUAUAAGAGGUGCCCAAAGCGCAUGAUGGCUAAUGAAUUGCCCUGGGAGGAAAUGAGCACCUCAUCCAUGUGCUCUGGAGAAGGAGCAUGCUACUAAUGUGAGAGUGAAAACUUUUGAGUGAGAACCACACAUCGGUGACAAACAGUUUCUCAAGAUCCAUUUGUGAGCAGUGGGAUCACUCUGGCACAAUGUUGCGUGGCAGUGACUCGCUAAAGUUUUUAGUCAGCUCCUGAUUUGAGUUGUGAAAUGCAAAAAAGUCCCUGUCACUUUAGCAAAUAAACUUUCACGUUAAGUGUUUUGCAUUUCUGUUUUUUGAGGAGUGAGGAUUUAAGUAUAUAUAAAGGUAAAAUAAAAAAAAAAACAUCUGCAUCUCUCAGGUUUUAUCAAUGUCAUUUCAGUCUAUGCUUUUUGGGCAUUUCCCCAAGGCAAACCACUAAGAGGAUCAAAAAAGAUUUGCAUCCAUGUUGAGAACUGCUGCAGUGGUAGGGUGUCUGUCUUUUCAGGUUUCCACAGAGACAACCCGGAAGCGCUGACCAGCAACAGGAGCUCUGGCAAACCUCUGUUAAUUGCUCAGAGCUGAUUUCUUGGGUGUGCACAUGUGUAUUUGCACAUUGAUAAGAUAGGUGUUGUCAGCAUGGCUGAAUACCAUGUUUUGGGGUGUCAUAACUUGUUUAAGUAGCAAUCUCAGCUAGAAGAAUCCAUUAAAAAUAGCACAAAUAGGAAUGAUGUAAAAUAUUGACUAAAAGACACAAGAAUAAAUUAUA